GACUGGGAGUCUCAGGCCGGGCCCGGGUUUCUGGGCAGUGCCCCCACCCCCCGAGGGGUGCGAGCUGCGGCCCUUUUUUGUCCGCCGUGUCUCCGUUAGCGUUCCUCCUGCUCCUGCUCCUGCUCCGGGUGCCGGGUGUCUCCGUGAUGACCAGGCCCGGCUGGGUGCCGGGAUUUGAGGUGCUGCGGUUGCCCGGGGUGACGGGCUGGGGCCCGGGCAACAAGAACGACCUGGUGCUGGGGCUCGGCGACCGCUCCCGGCCCCGGCCCCGGAGCCGGCAACAUGUCAUCUACUUCCCGGGGGACGUGCAGAAUUACCAUGAAGAGAUGAUACGACAUCCGGAAAACAUCCGUUGGCAGCAGUGGAGUCUGGAAGGAGUUGCUGCUUUGCUGAUCCAUCGUUUUCCUAACAGUCACAUCUGGAUUGUAAAGGCUUCCCGGAUUCACCUGCAUAAGUUCAGUUGCUAUGACAACUUUGUGAAAAGCAAUCUGUUUGGUGUGCCUGAACAUAGCUCAGACUGUCGGGCUUUCAAGCACCUUCAUGCACUCUUGACCAAUGCUUUCAAGCAGGCACAUAGUAUCCUCCAUUCAUGGACAAAACCUGGUGAAAGUGCUGAUAGUUCAUUUACCUUUGCACAUGAAGGCUCCAGUACACAUUGUGAAACUGCAAAUGGUUUUGCAGCUAAACAUGACCUGGAUACUACAGGUCUGCAGUGCUCUCCUGGAGCACAAAGAGAAUAUGAGGUCUUGAAAUGUACUGAUCCUUCAUUGAAAUUUAUAUUGAUUGGUUUCAGCAAAGGUUGUGUGGUUUUAAACCAGCUGCUAUACGGCUUGAAUGAAGCAAAGAAGGACAAGGAACUAUCUGCCUUCAUUAAUAAUAUCAAAGAGAUAUAUUGGUUGGAUGGUGGUCAUGCUGGGGGAAACAACACCUGGGUCACCAAUCCUGAAGUCUUGAAGGGUUUUGCACAAACAGGUAUUCCUGUAUACGCACACGUUACACCUUAUCAAGUGCGAGAUGAAAUGAGAGCUUGGAUUGGAAAAGAGCACAAGAAAUUUAUCCGACUCCUUGGGGAAUAUGGUGUAAAAGUGACAAACCAACUUCAUUUUGAGAAUGAAACCCCUUCUGUGGAUAAUCACUUCAGGGUGCUUCAAGUGUUCAAAGAUGCUUUGGAUCCAUAGUGACAGAAUGAUUCCACAAAGCUCAGUUUCAGCUGUUCCUAGUGAAGCAGUAUAGAAAACAUGCUGAGAAGUAAAAAUGACUCCAAUGCAUUUAAUAGCUUGAGGGCUGAGUAAUUACAUGUAAUUUUGCUUACCACACAUCUCUAAUAGGGACUAAUUGUUUUAUGUACGUUGAAGUACUGUCCUCGUUGCAUUUAUUUUGCAUUCCUUUCUGUUGUAUUUGUUGAUUUGCUGUAAUAAAAAAUAUUGGAUGCAAUUGUCAACCUUCUCAAAACAAAA